AUGGCGAAGAACGCGAGCAAGGCGGGAUGUUCUACCGCUGCCUUCGGUACGAGCUGUGACGGGGGCGACGGCGACGAAGAACACGGCGAUGACGCCGAGGAGGAUUGGCCGGAGAACGGCCACGACGACAGCGCUUCGGGCGACGAAUUAGCUCAAGCCGACAUCGAGGAGGACGAAUGGUGGAAUCGGUCGGUCGGGAGCGACGACGAAGUGGAAGAGUGGCGGGCUGGUGAUUCGGACAACGACGGAGUUGCCGAUGCUGAUGGUGACAACGCGGAGGCAGCGGCGCAUGCACCGGGAGCGACGGUGGAUGCAAAUGCGGAGGCAGACGACGAGGCGGAAGCGGAUGCCGAGACAGUUGCGCCUACGGAGGUGGCCGCCAUUGCGGAUGCGGAUGCUGUGGCGGAGGCGUACAAGGUUGCUGCAGAUGCCGUCUUAUCUGACGGUGAAGGCUCCGACGACGACCCGUGGAGCUUCAAGGACGACGACGACGUUCCGCUACUGAAGCAGAGGCUGCGCCAUCGCCUACAGUCCAAGCCGAAGCGUGCCCGCGUGGUGCUCUCUGACGACGACAGUCCGGGGGAGGAGCGUCGGCCGAUACUCACCGCUGCAGAGAAGGGUAAAGCCAAGGUCGUGGAAGCCCCUGCUAAGGCCACUGUUCGUCGCCGCACAAGCAACAAGAAGCGGAAAACCGACAGCGAUCCUGGAUCCAGCAAGGGUGCUGCUAAGAAGAAGGCAAAGAAGACGCCAAAUCCAGACGACAUCGUUGUCAACGAGACUCUGGGCAGCGACGACGAAUACAUGGAAGAGGCGGGGCCGAUUCCUUCAUUCCCUGAGAAGCCCACGCCGAAAGACCCCACCCUCAAUUAUCCCAACACCCGCCCACCUUCCCCUCGCAGCAAGGACACUACGAAAAAGCGACGCGGAUGGACCGUGCGCGAGAAGCUGAAGUGGGCGCGCCGCUAUCAGGAGGUCGGCUCCUUGAAGAAGACGAGCUUUGAAUCAACCGCAUCCAUCGUCUGCAUCAGACGCUGGAGUGCGGAGGCGGCUGCGGGCUUCUACAAGGGAAAAUGA